GCUGUGAAACAGCCUCAGAAAGGCAGACACAGAGAGGGCAGAUGCAUCGGCCCUCUGCUGGAGGGGGGGCUUAUUAUAACAAAUAUAUAUGCACACAUGAGUGAACUGUUUGGCUGCACGAUAGCUCAUAUGUGGGUAACGGUUAUUUUAGGAAAGCAUACCACCGCGGCUUUACAUUUAAAAUGCCUAUUUUAGUUUUUCUGUUAGACACGUCCGCCUCUAUGAAUCAGCGCACUUAUUUGGGUACGACGUAUCUGGACGUUGCUAAAGGCGCGGUUGAGAUCUUUAUGAAGCUGCGUGCCCGAGACCCGGCUAGUAGAGGCGACAGGUACAUGCUAGUUACAUUCGAUGAGCCACCAUUCGGAGUGAAGGCAGGCUGGAAGGAGAACCAUGCUACCUUCAUGUGCGAGCUGAAGAACCUGCAGGCGUCUGGGCUCACCAGGCUUGGGCACGCACUCCGCACAGCGUUCGACCUGCUCAACCUCAACCGCCUCGUCUCUGGCAUUGACAACUAUGGACAGGGCCGCAACCCAUUCUUCCUGGAGCCAUCCGUGAUCAUUACCAUCACUGAUGGGAAUAAGCUCACAAACAGCUCCGGGGUGCCAGAUGAGCUGCACCUGCCGCUGAACUCCCCUCUGGCUGGCAGCGAGCUCACCAAAGAGCCUUUUCGCUGGGACCAGCGGCUGUUCGCUCUGGUGCUGAGGCUGCCGGGAGCAGCCGCGCCGGACAACGAGCAGCUCGGCAGCGUCCCCACAGAUGAGUCGGCGAUCACGCAGAUGUGUGAAGUCACGGGAGGACGGUCGUACUGCGUGCGAACACAACGGAUGCUAAACCAGUGUCUGGAGUCUCUGGUGCAAAAGGUUCAAAGCGGCGUCGUCAUCAACUUUGAGAAGACCGGGCCGGAUCCGCCUCUCGGAGGAGAAGACAACUCUGUGGAGUCCAGUCGUCCCGUUUCAACCUUCAACGCACAGCCCUGGCACAGCUGCCACAAAUUAAUCUACGUUCGACCAAACCCAAAGACAGGGGUCCCGGUCGGCCACUGGCCCAUACCAGAGUCUUUCUGGCCGGACCAGAACUCUCCAAGCCUGCCGCCUCGCACUGCUCACCCCGUGGUGCGUUUCUCCUGUGUGGACUGUGAGCCCAUGGUGAUUGACAAACUUCCCUUUGACAAAUACGAGAUGGAGCCGUCCCCACUCACCCAGUACGUCCUGGAAAGGAAAUCCCCGCACAUGUGCUGGCAGGUUUUUGUUAGCAGCAGCGGAAAGCAAAACGACCUGGGAAAACCGUUUGGCUACCUCAAGGCCAGCACCGCCCUGACCUGUGUUAAUCUGUUUGUCAUGCCUUACAACUAUCCGGUCCUUCUUCCGCUCCUCGACGAUUUAUUUAAAGUUCACAAAUUCAAACCAAACCUGAAGUGGCGACAGGCCUUCGAGAUGUACCUGAAGACGAUGCCUCCGUACUACCUGCUGCCCUUAAAAAAGGCAAUGAGGAUGAUGGGAGCACCAAACCUCAUCGCCGACACAAUGGACUGCGGCUUGAGUUAUAGCGUCAUUUCAUACCUGAAGAAGCUCAGCCAGCAGGCAAAAAUUGAAUCAGACCGCCUAAUUGUGUCCGUGGGGAAAAAAGCUCCUCAAGAAACGGGCAUAAAGGUGAAGAACCACUCCAGCGCUCUCUCUCUGGCCCACCGGCGGGACUUCAAGCAGCUGCUGCAGGGAAUCACCGGAGAGGGGCCUCUCCGCCUGGUCGACAUCAACUUCAAAGAGUUCGCCGGCUUCCAGAUCGCUCUUCUCAACAAGGAUGUGAAACCGCAAGCUUACCGGAACGCCUACGACAUCCCGAGGCGAAACCUCUUGGAUCAGCUCACCAGAAUGCGCACCAACCUGCUGCGGACCUCGUUGAAGCUGAUCCGAGGCCAAGACGAAGACUUCCUGCACAGCAUUCCAGUGGCCCAGAUGGGCAACUACCAGGAGUACUUGAAGAUGAUGCCAUCUCCGUUAAGAGAGAUCGAUCCCGAUCAACCCAAACGGCUUCACACGUUUGGGAAUCCUUUCAAGCAGGAUAAAAAGGGCAUGAUGAUCGACGAGGCGGACGAGUUCGUGGCCGGUCCUCAGAACAAGAAGCGGGGCCACUCCGGCGACCCCAACUCCAGCGGCACCGUGAAGCGAAGACGGAGCAUGUCCCCGUUGCUGCGGCGACCGCAGACCCCGCCGGGCAGCACCAACCAUGUGGCGGUGGGGAAGAGUCCAGGCCAGCAGAAUCUCCUCAAACCCCCGUCACAGCACAAAGAUGGGAACAACAUGGUGCUCACCGAGAGCAACGGUGACGGAUUCCUCGGCCUGGACUCUGGCGAGAUCUGGCCCGGCGAGGCGGACGCAGAGGCGCUCUGUCCGUCCCCGUUGAUGCUGGAGGAUAAGACGGGAUUGGCGGAGCCGUUUCAGGCGGAGGAGGCGAGCGCGGUGGAGGACGAAGAUCACCUGGAGGAGCAGGCGACGGAGGAGAGGCACAACUGCGACCGCCUGAGUCCGCAGAGCGAGCUGGACGGCAGCGAAGACGACUUCGCCGCGCUCGACACCAUUUACAUAACCCCGCUGGACGGCUGCCAAGCCGAGCUGAGGAGCAGAGUCAUCAAGGAGGUCCGCAAACCUGGACGGAACUAUAAAUCCAUACUCAGUCUGCUGCAGCAGGUGAAAGGACCGGUGAACAUUCGAAAGUACUUCAUCCAACAUGCAAUCAAAGAAGCUUUGAGGUUCAAGAAGCGCGUGUUGAUCCAGCAGCUGGAGACCGCCCUGGCCGAAGUGGAGGACGACACGGCGCCGUGCUCUCCGCUUCCCAACGAUCACGGCAGGUAGUAAACCCGCAGAAACCCACCAGCGUCCUGUCCCGUUUUUCAUCACCGCCGGGUUUCGCCGCCGCCAAAACACCUCCGCCGCGAGCGGAGGAUUCGGAGAUGCAGAGAAGGAAAGCGCCGCCGUCGCGUUGUUGUCGUUUAACCGGAUGGGGGCGAGGGGUCCUUCAGAACUGAGCCGCUUGCGACGAACACGCUGAUGUCGACAGAGACCGUAAACUCCCGGACGGCUUUCGUCAGUGAGGACAAGUCCAGCAGACUCACACACUCCUGUAGACGAAAAGCCACACAGCUGACCUGAUCCUCACGUGUGUCAGAUGCUGGUCAUGUACUGGUUUCCUCCCCCAAUAACCCCAGCUGUUACAAACAGACCCGUUUUCAGCUGGUCUGAAAGUCGUUCUCAUUUAUGAAUAUUCUUUUACGCGACUAAAAAAAAGAAAAAAGAAAUAGAGAAAAGCUUAAACAUUCAUGUAAAGUUGUGGCUGACGGGACGAAUCGGGUUAAGCCAGAUUACGUCUGCAACAAAAACAGCACACUGAUUUUAUUUUAUUUAUUUAUUUAUUACUCUUUUUUUUUUUUUUUAUCUCCGUUGAUCCUGUUACCUAAUAUCUGACUAUUUUUAGUUGAUGCUGACAUGUGUUGGCAUGAGGGGUUGUGCAAUAUGGAAAAGAGCUUAACAAGAAUAAAAAUAGGAAGAAAUCUGGAAAUUCAACUAAUAUAAACAUUCCAAUUAAAUAAAAGAUUAAUAAUUUGGAUCGUUUGGCAACAAAAUAAGUGUGAUUAUUAUUUAAAGAGACAGUACGCAGUGCUGAAAAAAAUGACUCGCACACAGAAAGAGGAAAGCUUUGCUCAUCAAUGGCAGCAAAUCCCUCAAAUGUCUAAUAAUUGUAACGGAACAAAAAUAUUUACGUUACUUUAAAAUGUUAGCCUGUAUUGUGAUAUUUCUUAGCUCAUAUUGACACAUUGCUCAACCUCAGUCACUAUUUGUUUUCCAGUCCAAAUAUUUCUCAUAUAUGUUGUGUAUAUAUAUAUAUAUAUAUGUAUCAUCCAAAUUGGAUCACCUUUCUUACUAUUUGGACAUAUUGUCAAGAUUUAAAAAUGGUGUAAAUUUUAUACUUUUUAAAAAAAAAAAUCCUUUUAAAAUGCACCAGCAUCUGUUUGCAUCAGUAUUUUUGGGAUACAGAAGUUAAGACCGUUCUUGACGCUGCAACACCCUUCAAAAACUGUAAAAUCAUUUCCUCUUUCAUUGCUGUGGCAUUAUCUCACACGGAAACAUGUAGAAGAAGAAAAACAAAUCUUUAAAUUGGAGUAUAUUCACAUCACUGUCCUGUUGAAGGACUUCAAUGGUGACAUGUUUUUAUUUUACUGACUUGUUCCACCAGAAACUGGCCCACAGCUUUACAAGUCCUCUACCCUACUUAGCAGUGAGUGUGAUGUGCUUUUCCACAUUUUCAUUCUUUGUUUCACGCAUAUUGUGAAAAAGCUCAACCUCACGAUAAACCUCUCAUCAAGCACACUAGCUAAACCGCGUCAGGUACGCUAAGUCAGAAAAGCUUUAUUUUUUAUUUUCUGGCAUUGCUCCAAAGCCCCUAAAUAGGAUCCGUGAUCCCAAAACGUCAGUUUCUACAGAACUGACAUUCAAAAUUCGAUCAAAAGUUUGAAUUUUUCUCAGAUUUCCUUUGUGAGAUGAGACUGCAGCAGUUAGAGGCGUUAUCUUUACUAGAAUUGUGGAGGCUGCUGUAUCUGACACAAAGCAGACGACGGUGACUGGUUCUGAAAAUGAGCUUUCUGGUCAUCAGCCAGUACAAGUUGCGGCUAACUCUCACCGCCUAGCACCGCCACAUGCUACAGUCAACUGUCACAGCGUCAGAGUCGCUCCGAUGAUCCCAUCAGUCCACCGUUCCCAGCAGUUUUCCUCCUGGAGUCCAGGCUCAGCUGACCCUCUGUUCAACAGCCUCUACUCGCAUACCCUCCUCCUCUCUGCAGCUUUUCUUUGUUCUUCUGGUUGUUUCUACAAAAUGUACACUACUUUUUAAUGUUCAUAAGCAAUAUAGAUUAUUUUUGUGACUUUAUGUCAGAGUUAAAGAAAUAUUUUGAAGGCCAUUUUUUUGUAAACUGUUAAAUACAUAUAUGAAGCGCAAAGUUUUAAGAUAAUCUUUUUUUUUUUUAAAUAAAAGUUCAAACGAACCGUCUAGAUUGGCGUUUAAUGUUUGGUUUUAAUGUGUUUUCAUCUUACAGGAGGAUUUUAGUCCUCCACACAUUUAGCAAUAAUAAUUUUAUACAGAGAACCUACCAGCCAGUAACCAUAAAAACAUGCUUUUUU